AUGCUCGAACAUUUUGCUUAGCAUUGCUAUUGUUGUUUCAGUGCCAACCCAAGGGAAGCCGGUUUGGAACGUAAUUCAGAUAUAGAUAUUUUGGUGUUUGGAUCAGUGUGGUGUUUAAGUUUCUAGAGAUUGGAAGUAUGAUUGUUGAGGCGCUUACUUCAAUUGAAAAUACAUUUCUCUAUCAAUUAUUAAAAAGGUUAUAUAUUCAUAAUGUCACUGUCUAGUACAUUUGUGUAAGAAUGCAAGUAUAAAAAUUCUAUUAAAAAUGUGCAUAACAGAAAUACCGAAUGAGAAAGAAACUUCGUGUUUUUAAUACAACGUAAAGUAAAUAUUCAAUACUACGAAUCAUACAUAUGGAUGGAUGCAUAUAUACAUAAUUCGUGUGUGAUUGCAAUACAAGCAAAAAUACAUGUAAAUUGUUUGUUUGUGUUCCAUUUGUGCAGCUGUGUGUGAGUUUCACCAUUUUUGUGAUUUGACCGGUAGUGUUUAUUACAAAAUGUCCAGGGAAGAGGAAGAAGAGGAAGUUCGUUCGCUGCUUUUGCGGCAUAAGGACCGUAUAAUGCUCGACUUGUGUGAAACGGACCUCUUGACGAUCCUUGUAAAGAACACUGUGUUAACGCAGUCCGAAGAAGAUUUGCUUUUGAGAACACAUUCUGCAGCAUCUGCUCCGUCCAGUGCUCCACUUAGCGCCGUUGUUAUUAAACGGAAACUAAGCACUGCUGUUAGCAGCGGCAGCGGCAGUAGCAGCAACACAAUUACUAGUUACGGUGAUGGUGUGUUAGGUGAGGAAGCCUGCACCAGUACAGCUGGAUGGAGUAGUAAUAAUUCUCAUAAUGCUAGUGUGAUAGGCGACAACGCACAAAGUGAUAAUCGUUCUGUGACACCGUCACUUGUGAAUGUUAGUGAAACAGAUGGCAUCAUUGCUACUAAUGCCGACCAAAGUAGUGAAAAUAAUUGCGAAGAAGAUUUGAAAUUAAAUUUAAAUUCACUAAAUGAUGCUGACAUAUAUCAAGAACAAUCUACAAAAUUAAUAGAAAUCAUCGCUAAAGGUGGAUUUAUUAAAUUCAAGCAGUUCUGUUAUGCAAUCGACAAUGAAUGCCCGAAACUUAUUGAGGAUCUAUUCAAUGAUAAGGAGAAAUGUGAUGCUGCAGUUAAUAAUACCUCAUCAUGUGAAAAUAAAAUUCAAAAGGAAUUGGAGCCCAUCGAUUGCAUAGAGAAAGAAAAGGAAAACGAUCGCAAUCGACGAGCAGUCAGCUAUGUUGGUACAAGUCGCGAUGUUGGUUCGUUGCCACGAGCUGCUCCACGUCGGAUAUCACUUAUGAAAGAUCCUCCUCCGCCUCCACCACCAAAACCGACUCAACUUGCGCCAAUAAAAAACGUCUCGCCCACUCCACCCCUGCCUAGUAAUUACGAGCAGUCUGAUUAUAAUCUAAUCCAGAAACUCGACUCGAAUACCGGAUUAACAUCGACCGCCCAAUAUCAAUUGCCGAACUUUUAUGUAAACACUAGAGGGAGUUCAGAGACCUAUACAAUGGUCAGCAACAACAAUAAUUACUCAUCGCUGCUAUGUCAUUCCAACGCAGCGUCCAGCCCUACUGGUGUGCGGAAGCGUGAGAAACUUCUUCAUCGGUUUAGUGACGCUGCCACUUUGGGCCGUAAACUAAAGAAGAAAAAGAACACUAAUAGAACGUGCCGUUCGAUGACUGAAGCCAUUGAGAUGCUUGCCGAUCCCGUCAUAGAGGAUGAAUUCUUUGGUGAUCGUACAACAUGGGAAUACCACACGGUUUCUGUGACACGUGUUCCGGGAUAUGGAUUUGGUAUUGCAGUUUCAGGCGGUCGCGACAACCCACAUUUUGCCAAUGGUGAUCCAUCUAUAGCUGUAAGCGACGUUCUAAAGGGUGGUCCUGCCGAAGAUCGUUUACAAGUUAACGAUCGUAUAAUAUCGGUGAAUGGAGUGUCUUUAGAAAAUGUUGAAUAUGCCACUGCUGUACAAGUCUUAAGGGAUAGCGGCAACACCGUAGCGCUUGUGGUUAAACGGCGUGUGCCUCUGAGUUCCAUCGCACAGAAUCAUCAUUCCCAUAGCAUGAGCUCGGUAGGGGCAAUUGCGUCGAAUGUAAACGGCGCACCAAUUCAACCAGCGGGUUCGGUACCUAACACCAUGAGUCCACCGAAUUCGCUGAAUACCGCUUUUGUGCAAAAUAAUGCAGCGCAACCCAUUAAAGUUACCCUCUCAAAAGGUAGCAAAAAGGACGACUAUGGCAUUGUGCUUGGCUGCAGAUUAUUCAUCAAAGAAAUUUCAACGAGAGCACGUGAUCAAUUAACGGCCAAUGGCUAUUCGCUGCAAGAAGGUGAUGUAGUUACGAGAAUACAUAACACAAAUUGUGGAGACACAAUGAAUUUGAAGGAGGCAAAAAAAAUUAUUGAUGGCUGUAAGGAGCGUUUAAACUUGGUGGUUUUACGCGACAUCACCAAUCAGGCGGUAACAGCAAUGACCAGUCAGUUAAAUAACUCAGCUACACAAUCGAAUUUAUAUAUUAGCCACCAAGCACAGGUUUCCAACUGCAGUAAUAAUUUGGAUGAUCCAUAUUUAGGAGGUGCAAAUUACUCAUCUCAGAAUUUAUAUGUUCAACCGCCGACUCGUUCGAUAAUGAAUGGUGCAGCAAAUGGAAUAAAUGAGGAAAAAAGUAAUCUGACACCAAGGGGUCGUUCACGUGGCCCUAUCAUGGAUGGUGUUUCACUCUUACAGCUCGACCGUCCAGUAACUCCUCCAAAUAGUAACCGUGCACGAAGCGAUGAGCCACCGCGACCACCUCCUCCUCGUGUCAAUGGUAAUGGAAGCACAGAGGACUUUUAUAGUACACGUCGACAAGUAUUCGAAUCAGAUCAAAUGGCACAUUCGCGACAAUCGUCGGAGCCACGAUUUAUAUCCUUCCAAAAAGAGGGAAGCGUGGGAAUACGACUGACGGGUGGAAACGAAUCUGGAAUAUUUGUUACGGCCGUUCAACCUGGUUCCCCAGCAUCUUUGCAGGGACUUUCUCCUGGAGAUAAGAUCCUUAAAGUCAAUGAUAUGGAUAUGCAUGGCGUAACUCGUGAAGAAGCUGUUCUUUUUCUACUCAGCUUGCAAGAUCGGAUCGAUUUAAUUGUGCAAUUUUGCAAGGAUGACUAUGAUGAGGUGGUGACGAAUCAGCGUGGUGAUUCUUUUCAUAUUAAAACCCACUUUCACUGCGACAAUCCUUCGAAAGGUGAGAUGGCGUUCAAAGCCGGAGACGUUUUUCGUGUAAUUGAUACACUACACAAUGGUGUUGUUGGCUCAUGGCAAGUACUGAAAAUAGGUAGAGGACACCAAGAGAUGCAGCGCGGUGUUAUCCCUAAUAAAUCUCGAGCUGAAGAAUUGGCAACUGCACAAUUCAAUGCAAACAAAAAGGAAAUGAAUUCAAAUGAAUCUCGCGGAAAUUUCUUUAGAAGAAGGAGAUCUACUCAACGCCGUUCAAAGAGCCUUUCUAGAGAAAAUUGGGAUGACGUUGUUUUUGCCGAUAGCAUAUCAAAAUUUCCUGCAUACGAACGAGUUGUUUUGCGUCAUCCCGGAUUCGUUCGACCGCUUGUACUUUUUGGUCCAAUCUCGGAUUUAGCACGUGAAAAGCUUGCUAAAGAUUUCCGCGAUAAGUUCUCUGUACCUCUACAAGAUGAUGAUAAGUCGAAUUCAAAAUGUAGAAUAGUGCGCUUGUCAAAUAUACGGGAUAUAAUGGAUCGCGGCAAACAUGCCCUACUGGAUAUAACUCCGAAUGCGGUUGACCGCCUAAACUAUGCGCAAUUCUAUCCGAUUGUUAUAUUUUUAAAGACUGACAGUAAACAUGUCAUUAAACAAUUGCGACAUGGAUUGCCUAAAUCGGCACACAAGAGCUCGAAAAAAUUGCUAGAACAAUGUCAGAAACUCGAACGUAUUUGGUCACAUAUAUUUAGCACCCAGAUUGUGUUAAACGAUGAGGAAUCAUGGUAUCGAAAGCUACGCGAUGCAAUUGAUCUGCAGCAAAGUGGAGCGGUGUGGAUGUCUGAGUCGAAGCCUAUUGAGUCCCUGUCCGAUGAUUUCCUUUUCCCCAUGACCACCUCCCGUUUAUCGUACGCAUCGAGUCCGGAAUCCGAUUUGGAAUUAAGUCCAGGGCCGUCAACAUCAUUAUCCCUUGGCAAUUUGCCGCAAUUGGUUAAAUCGAGUUCAGAUCCGUCAAUUGCCACUAAUCAGGAUAACUUGGAUAGGGAUAGAGAUACAGUUGGUGAUGGACUACCACCUCCAUAUACGGUUCCUUACGAACAUGCCGUUAAUUCACCUUCAACCCGUCGACAGACCAUUGAAACCAAUAAGUAUGAGACUUAUGCGACACGAUCAAGUAAAAUUGGUGCAGGUGGCGGAGUGACCGAUCCUUCAACAACACCUUCAACACGUCCACAAUCUUUGUAUGGAAUACAUGCGCCUGAUCUACCACCGCGCAUCGAUCGUCAAUUGAAACCAGGUUUGGUAGAGAUACCCCCAUCUUCUAGAACGAAUAGUUCGGGUGGAACGUUGGGCCGAUCAGCUCAAGAUCGUCUGUUUGGCAAAGCGAUUGUCAAUGAAGAGGUGCAAGCUGAAUACAUCUCUCGCAAUGUUAACGACUCAAUCGAUCGCCAACACUCUUCAUUAGAGCGACAAGCACUUAUCAACGCAUCCAUCUCUACCCAACCAAGUAUUGGCAACAAAGCCACACAGCCAAAUGUCAAUUCAUAUGAUAGUAUGUCCAGUUAUGAUUCUUAUAAUGCUUCGCAAUUAACUGUACAAAAUCUAGGCAGGCUUGGGCCGAAUGCUCCCGAUGAUCUUAAGUCAGUACCGAAUGCAAAUCGUCCGCUACCACCAGUUGGCAUUGGCUCUAAGGGUGUGGACUAUGCCCGCACCAGCCACGACCAUCGAAAUUUUUCAGGUCCAAAUGAUCUUAAUCGUCAAAGUCCGGCCAGAGCUACUUAUCAUGAGGCCAAUACAGCUAGAAAUAUCGAUUCACGUAACGGACAAUUGCAACGACCAUCUAAUUUGGGACUGGAGAACAGUCCACGUAAACCGGUAGUUGAAACAAAAACUGACUAUGGAAAAUAUAGCCGCAAUAACUCCGUUUCGCAAGCUGAUUACAACAAAUUGCCGAAAAAUCCACAUUUGAUUGUACCGACAUCGAAUAUAAAUAAUAACGGCAGUAAUGGAUCAUCGACAAAUGGUACUGGCCCAUUUAAACCAGUUCCCCCACCCAAACCCAAAAAUUAUCGCCCACCAAUGCAAGGAGGUAACAGCACAGGUCAGUGGGAAAGUGGGGACUCGAGCUCUCCGCGUUCACCAAAUGGAUUUUUUUAUUCAUCCUUAGCAGCUUCUCAUCAUCAUUACUCCCAGCAAACACCUGGCUCACCAGGCCUUGGCAAUAAUAAUAACAACGGCAUGCAAUCAACAUAUAGCAGCGGUGGCAAUUACGUCCAACAGUCACAAUAUUCUGCUCCUCCAGUCAACGGAUAUGUUGGUAACCACCAUUACAACGGCGGCAGUGGUACAGGGCCUUAUAUUGCUCCACAUCGGGGCAUGCCAGGUCCAAUUGGAAAUAUUCCCUCACAUACACCUGAACGAAACCCACUAGAUUUGGCUGGCAGUCGAGAGCAGCGCGGAUCCGCAUUUGAAUUAUACCGCAAACCUCAAAUUGGAACAACAGCGCACCAUCACAACAUGAGCGAAAUGGAGCCAUAUGAAGAAAGAUUUGAGGGUUGUUAUGCGAUGUCACCACCUCCCCCGCCACCAGGUCAUCCAUGUUCACGUUCAAUCUCCAGUUACCCAGGUCAAAUUGCUGCACCAAAACCGUCUCCAAAUCAUAAUGCUGAUUGUUACACUUAUCAACUGCCUCAAAAGUCUUACUUAGAAAAUAUAAUGCCUCCACCUUUACCACCGCACAAAACGAAGAAGAAAUCAGUAUUGAAAAGUCCUUUGGUGGCUAUUAAAAACGCUUUUAUUAAAACAACAAAGCCUCUAAGGCGUAUGAACAGUAUGGUUGAACCAGAACGGAGGCCGAAGUCAUCGAUUAAACGACAGCAUUCAAUGCUUGAACAUGGUAUGCAAAGACCCUACUACCCAGAUGAAUACCCCACAUAUCCAGCUGGAUUUGAGGAUCGAUAUUUCCAUGGAUCGCAGAGAAGUGGCAUGGGUUCCCAUAACAUGAUGCCAAGAGAACAGUAUUAUAGACAACGAUACGACGGUCAUUACCAUCAUGACUUAAUAAAUAGUACAUAUCAAAAUUUAGAAAGUGAAGAUAUAUAUGGAAAUAUGGGUACGGUUCCUCGAAAGCAUAGAGGCUCGACAGAAGAGUAUACAACUUCUGAACAUGAAGAUUUAUAUGCAAAUAGAGCUUUUAUUGAUUUGGAACGCCGACAGGCUGAGGCAAUAGCGGCUGCUAAUCGAAACGGUCGGAAAAUAAUACGACGGCAUAGUACCACGACAGCCGACCACAUUGGACGUAAAAUACCUGUUUUUGAUUCUUCCAUUGGGUCAGGCUAUGACCAGGGUGUAUAUAAAAGUAAAAUGGAUGCUUUUAAUCCACAAAUUCAACAUAGAGCUCCAAAUUCAGAACUUAUGACACGCAGACAUUUUUAUAGUUCGACCGUGAACGAAAUGGUGGAACCAACUUAUCAAUACCACAGGGAUCUGCCACGCGGCAUUCGACGAAAUCCACCGAAUGAAUUUAAAAAAGAGAUUCAGGGAGGGAAUAGGGAGCAAGGUUGCAGUUCACAUAGUAGUAGUCAAUCAGAGCGUGAUGACAAAUCCGAACGUGAAUCAAUUUACCAAAGUAAACGUGAAGUCAAAGACAGUGCUUUAAAAACACGUGCUCAGUUAAGGGAUCAAAUUUACCAAACUCGCCGGGAAGCAUUAGAUAGCAUGGCUGAACCAAUAUAUGUUUCCAGAAAAAAGGAGACUGUUCGUCCAGAGCCUAUAUAUGAAACUAAGGAAGAAAGUAUUUUGCAUUCACGUGAAAAUGAGACUGAUGAGAAGAAAGAAGAGUAUACUGAUUGUGCAAAUUCUGAAGGAAAUCAGAUGAACGAAGCCUUAAGUCGAUCAGACCUACAGAAAUCCUCAGACACAGUAAUCGAAAAUACAGUAGCACAAUCGCUCGAUCCUCCAGAAACUAAAGCCCCUCUUGUUCAAAGUGAGGAUAUAGAUGAUUAUUUAGAUGGUACAGAUAACGACGAGGCAACAUUGUGCAAACUUCCCAGCAACGAAUUAAAAGAAAGCGAUGCAGUAAUGCAAACAUCAAGUAACGAGUCUCGUGAGCUCUUAGACGAAGUAUUUGAAAAAUUUCCUUUAGUUGUAGAGGGGCCACCAAUAAAAGCUUUAGAGCCACCACAACCAACUAAAUGUAUAAACACUCGUCCACCACGUGUACCAUUUCAUAUUUCAAAUAUUUUAAAACGCACAGGGCCUCCACCUAACGCAGCCAUGGCAGACAGCCGUACAUCUUUAGAAACACAAUACACAUCACAAGCAAGUUUACCUGUAGGCCCACCAAAAGCAAGUAGUACACCUUAUACUAGUAACAUAUCGUUACCGAUAGCUGGGCCUAUACCUACAACAGCUCCGCCUAUUGCAGCUACUUCAUCUACAGAUGCAUUUCCAUCCAUCCCACGUGAACCCAGCACCACACGUGGAAUCUUUGAUUCGAGUGGAGGAACGCUAGCGGACGCUGUUUGGAAUGUUUCUCUCCAGAUACCACCGGGCGCCAUCCAAAGUGGCGUGAAGCAAGAAAUAUAUUUCACAGUUAGUGAUCCAAGGUUGGGAGAAGCCGUUGGUGGACCCCCACUGGAUAUGGAAAACGGUGAAACAAUGUUAUCUCCCUUAGUAAUGUGUGGUCCACAAGGGCUCGAAUUUCUUGUGCCAGUAACACUUAAUAUUCCACAUUGCGCGGGCAGAACAGCAUCAUUGGGAUUGGCGUUGAAAGCCACCGACAGCGAGAAAAACUUACAUACGGAGUGGGACAAUAUCGACUUACCAAGCAACGCAGCUGCUCAUACAGUCUCAGUGAAAGUGGAUCAUUUCUAGAAUAUCAAAUUUUUUUAUUUAGUUUAAGACGCAAUUAUCAUAUUUAUUUAUAAGAGUCAUUAUAUUGAAAUUAAUCCACGAAUAAUCAGUAUCCGCAAAUAUUUAGUAAUUACAGAAAACAGAGUGUAUUUGUAAAUAACAAAAUAUUUUUACACAUACAUACAAUAUUACAUCCAUAUGUUUGCAAUAUGCUGAAAAGUGCAAAAAUAUUUGUGCCUUUAAAUAGGUAUUUUAACACAAAAAUGUUAGGACCCAAAAUGUGUAUAGUUGUUAGAAUGAUUUUAUUAAUAUAAAGAUUAAUACUUGUAUGUCAAUAAUAAGAAUAUGACAGGAUCGUAGACAAAUUUAAGGUUCUCUUUAUAAGCAUAAUCUAAUUGGAAAAUAUUGUAUGCUAAAUACAUAUAUAUGUAUAUAAUAAGUCUUCAAAAAUAUCAGUAAUAUACGCAUUUUUACAUACUAAUUUAACGGUUUACUUAUUUUGAAAAUAAAUACUAAACUUCUUA